AAAAUUAACCUUACCACUGCAUAGAGACUUUAAAUUCAGAGUGAUCUUUAAUACUAAAAUCCCAAUUCCUGUUACGACUAGCAACAUGAUUUGUAUGAAAUAGACCGACCCUCAGACAAACCUAGACUCAUUUCAGUUACUAUAUAUCACAAUCAUCUGACAGAACAUUUAAAUUUCUUGGUUACAAAAUUUGUUUUUUAUCUCGCUAUGAAUUUUUUUUUCAAUAUAAGGAGCUUAUUUUGGAGAUAAAAUUUCGAUCGAAACGUUGUCGACGGAGGAUAUCAAGUAGCCAGGAUUUGGAUGCAAUAACCAUUGGGAGCACAUUCUUUUCCAUGUGAAUCUUCACAGAAUAUUUCAGUGUGGUUUGGUGGGUUGUUAAACACGAUGACAGCAAGGCAGACAUUUCUUAUAGCCAUUCUUGGUUUGUCCAUCCGAAGCACAUUAUCGUUUUAUCAUGCAAAGUUCCCAAAAGGUUUUGCUUGGGGAGCAUCUACGUCCGCUUAUCAAACAGAAGGAGCUUGGAAUGAAAGUGGUCGUGGAGAAAGUAUCUGGGAUAAUUUUUCCAAAGUAUCGGGAAAUAUAAUAGACGGAUCAAACGGAGAUAAGGCUAGCGACUCUUAUCACAAAUUCAAGAAGGAUGUCCAGUUACUGAAACAGCUAGGGGUAACGCAUUACCGAUUCUCCAUCUCUUGGAGUCGAGUUUUGCCAAAUGGUACAUUGAGUUCUAAAAAUGACGAGGGCAUAACAUUUUACAAAAAUCUGGUACAAGAGUUAAAGACCAACAACAUAGAACCAGUGGUGACCCUCUACCACUGGGACUUACCACAGGCUCUUCAGGAUAUCGGCGGAUGGGAGAAUAGUAGCAUUGUUACUUAUUUCGAAGAUUAUUCUAAACUGAUAUUCGAAGAACUUGGUUCUCAGGUGAAGAUGUGGAUUACAAUCAACGAACCAUAUAAGAUUGCCUGGUAUGGAUAUGGAACCGGACAUCAAGCACCUGGAAUUAAAGACCCCGGAAGCAAACCUUAUGUUGUUGGACACAACUUAAUCUUAGCGCAUGUAAGGGCGUAUCAGGUUUAUAAGUCACUUGCAUCCAAAGAAGGCGGGAAAGUAGGGAUUGCUUUGACCUCAGACUGGAAAAUAUCCAAAACAAAAAAUCAAGAUGAUGAAGAUGCUGUAAAGAGAGCAGUCGAAUUUACUCUUGGCUGGUUUGCGAACCCAAUAUUCGGAGACGGAAACUAUCCAGAAAUAAUGAGAAACCGAGCAGGAACUCGUCUUCCAAAUUUCACUCCUGCCCAGAUGAGGAGAAAUAAAGGUUCAUCCGACUUUUUUGGAGUCAAUCACUAUACGACCAAACUAGUUGAGGAUAGUCCAUCAAUGGUAACUGGUAACAGCUACAUGAAAGAUCUCGGCGUGAAGGAAUCAUCUGAUCAAAGAUGGGGCGGACCAAGUGACAACAAAAUCUAUCCUGAAGGAAUUCGAGAAAUUCUACAGUACAUUAAUACUACGUAUGAGCAUCCCGUUGUCUACGUCACAGAAAACGGUGUUGGUGACUGUGGGACACUUUUAGAUCAGCUUCGAGUUAGUUAUCUACGAAACUUCAUCGACCAAGUUCUUACUGCAACUGUCAAGGACAAGGUUGACGUUAAGGGCUACUUUGUGUGGUCUCUAAUUGACGAUUUUGAGUGGAGUGCUGGUUAUACCAAGAAAUACGGACUUUAUAAAGUUGACUUCGAGAGGGACGGCCGCAAUAGAACUGCCAAGGCUUCGGCAAACUUCUACAGAGACGUCAUCAUUCAUCAUGGAUUCCCGACUGAUUGGAAGACAUCUGACACGGCGAAUUACAUCAAGCAAGAUUUGAAUGACCGUGAUGAUUUCAUUAUGGGGCAGUUUCCACACGAAUUUGCGUGGGGUGCAGCCACUUCAGCUUAUCAGAUUGAAGGUGGAUGGAAUGAAGAUGGAAAGGGACCUAGUAUUUGGGAUGUCAGGUCACACAAAGGUGAAAUAGUCGAUCAGCAAACAGGAGACAUUGCGUGCGACAGCUACCAUAAAUAUAAAGAUGAUGUCCAAAUGCUUGUCCGUCUUGGGGUUUCUCAUUACCGAUUCUCCAUUGCUUGGAGUCGUGUCAUGGCGGAUGGUACUCUUCACACCAUCAACAGUAAAGGCAUCGAGUAUUAUAAUAACUUGAUCAAUGAACUUUUAGCCAAUAAUAUACAGCCUAUGGUAACGUUGUAUCAUUGGGACCUGCCCCAGGCUUUACAAGAUAUAGGGGGCUGGCAAAAUGAUAAGAUCAUCGAAUACUUCAACGACUAUGCUAGACUCUGCUUUUCUUCCUUCGGUGAUCGAGUGAAAUUGUGGAUUACAUUUAACGAGGCCUUCGUGGUAUCCUGGUUGGGCUAUGGUGUUGGAAUUUUUGCCCCUGGAAUUCACAGUCCUGACACGGGUGUCUAUGAGGUGGCCCACAACAUUAUCCGUUCUCACACCCGGGCCUACCGUACUUACGAGAACAUGUUCAAAUCCAUUCAGCAGGGACAAGUUGGCAUAACUCUAGACUGUGACUGGAAAGAACCCCAAACAGAAACCACCACCAGUCGAUACGCGGCAGAGCGAGCCCUCCAGUUUAAGCUCGGUUGGUUUGCCAAUCCCAUUUUCGGAAACGGAGACUAUCCGUCAGUCAUGAAAAGGAAAGUAGUGGAUAAGAGCAGACGUCAAGGCUAUCCAAAUUCUCGUCUACCUGAAUUUAGCCCAGAGGAGAUCCGACAGAACAAAGGUGCAUUUGAUUUCCUUGGCCUAAACCAUUACACAACUAACCUUGUACGUGAAAGUAUCCAUGACAUUAACUCGCAUAGCUAUGACAGUGAUCAAGAUAUUGACACUUCAGAAGAUCCGUGCUGGAACACGACUGAAUCAAGUUGGUUACGAGUGAAUCCAUGGGGAAUUCGUCGGUUACUAAAAUGGAUCAAGGAUCGCUAUGGGAACCCACCCGUUUAUGUUACAGAAAAUGGCGUAUCUGACAAAGGCGAACUUAUGGACUAUUCAAGAGCCAGAUAUUACACCUACUACAUUAAUGAGAUUUUAAAGGCAAUACGACGAGAUGGAUGUGACGUCAGAGGGUACAUGGCAUGGGCUUUGAUGGAUAAUAUGGAGUGGAACAGCGGGUACACCCAGAAAUUCGGACUCUAUCAUGUGAACUUUGAUGACCCCAAAAGACCGCGUACAGCCAAACACUCGGCUGAAGUGUAUAGCAAAAUAAUCAGGAAUAAUGGAUUCGGCUAUUUGUGAUCAAACGCUAUUAUGAUUUAUAAAAGUAAUGUAGGGUGUAGUAAUAUGUAAAUGAGGAAUACAUAAUACACGAAUUACAAUUAUUAACCUUUCUCCUUUCAUAAAUAACGAGUACCAGAAUUGUAACCAAAAUGCCAUUGUCCAAAGAGUCAAUAAAAUUGUAAUUCAUCAGCACCAACAACUGAAUAUGUUUUACGGGUGGGAUGCUGACAUAAUCAUUAAUCACUUCGCGCAUUGUUGAUCAGCCCAUUUGACGAAUGGAACGUGACCUAAUUCGUUGUCUAGAACACUUUGAUUAGCAAGUUAUAAAUAAAUACAUUUGUAGCUUUU